CCCAAUUUUUUUAAAAGGGUCACCUUAACAACGAUCUUUCAAAAGAGGACAAAAAGUGAACAGUGAUUCCAAAAAAUGGUUCUCUGUGCAAAUGUCACCCUAGUCUCUAUAUGAAUUGCAGAUUUGAGAUGUUCAAUCCAUUUUCAGCUGUUCAAAUUCUGGUAUUUGCGGCUCCUUGGCGGGAAAUAAAAUUAAUUUGACCGCCGAAAAGGCAAGCUCAAAUCCAAUCGGAUGUGGACGGUGCGGGGCAUGGAGCAACUGUUGGGCCUAGACCCAUAAGAGCCGUCAGUUACUACUGUUUCGAUCGAAUCUGGUUUUCUCUCUCUCUAAGGGUAACCGUAAGAGCCAUCCGCCGUUCAGGUUUGGAAAAGAGCAAUCUUGUUGCAGUGGUGCAUCUUUGUUCUGUGUUUCAAUCGAAAAAGAGCAAUUUUUUUGCUGUGCAUCUUUCUUCUGCUUCUUUCCUUCCCAUCUUUGUACUACUAUAUUUUAGUUUUAAUUUCUUCUCAAAUUAUAUGUAUAUAUUAGUCUUUUGCUUUUCCAGCAGGGACCUUGAUCUCCUUUUUCUAUUUUCUUUUCAAAAUAACUCUUUGCACAAUUUUGAUAAAUAUAUGUAUAUAUACCUCCUCUACACGAAUAUACAGUAAUCAAGACUCCUCUUUUUUUCACCUAUUUGUACUUGUAAUCUUAGUUUCUGUAUGAUUUUUAGAGUAUGUUAUGGCCAUGUUAGUACUGAUUGACUCUGGUAGUUGGAAAAAGAAAGAAAAAUACAAACUUUUAUCUCAUUCCGUUAAUUGUUAUGCUGCGGGAGACUCUCAUGGCUAAAAGACUGCAACUUUCCAAUAAUUUUGCUCUAAAGAAGUGUUCAAGACGAGUUUGCACCCCAGAGGAUCGCAUUAGUCAGUUGCCUGAUGAUAUUCUGUUACAUAUACUAUCUUUUCUUAGUGUUAAGGAAGCAGCAGACACGAGUGUCCUCUCCAAGCGGUGGUUACCCUUGUGGAGAUAUGUUCCUCGUCUUGAUUUUGCUGCUACCAAACCAUUGCACGAAGUAGCAUUGGAUGAAAAGCUUCGGAAAAGGCACAUGAAGAAGUAUGUAAGAUGGGUCAACCGUACUUUGCAAAUCUGUAAAGCUCAGAGAUUAGACCAAUUCCGUGUUUGUUUCGAUUUAAACAAAUUCGCCCAGCAUGAUAUUGACAAGUGGCUUGAGUUUGCCUUUUCUAGGCAAGUUCAAAGGUUAGAGUUGGAAUUGUUAAAAGGUGGGGAGCUGAUUCGAGAUUGUGAUUAUUGUUAUACUUUUCCGCCCCAGCUCCUUGGUCCCAAUCAACCUCAUUCGAACAAUCUCCGCGAGUUCCCACCUCUCCGGCAUAAUUUUAAGUCUGUAAAGGUACUGUUAUUGAAGUGCGUCAACGUGACAGGUGAAGUUCUUGAGUUCUUCCUACAAAAUUGUCCAUAUCUAGAAGAAAUGGUGGUUUAUGGAGCGGCAACUUUGGUAAAUUUGGAUGUUGUUGGUCCUUCACUCAAGUUGAAACACUUGGGGAUAUGGUCCUGCCCCGAUUUAACAUCACUUAAAAUCCGUGAUACAAACCUUGUAACGCUUGGGACUACAUCAGGGCACAAAUUAUUGCUUUCGAAUGUUCCUAUGCUGAUUGAGGUAGACAUUAUUAGCUCCUCAAGUACUUUGGAUAACAUAUUGGCUGGGGUUUCCUGUGUUUUCUCUCAGCUAGAAGUCCUCAAAAUAACUGCUAAUAUGGGAUUGGAAUAUAUGGGGCAUUACAAGUUUCCUGAAUUUACCAAGCUCAAGAAAUUUGUUGUAUGUGUUCGUGCAUGGAAAGACAUGAGUGUCUUAGGUUGUAAGCAUGUGAUAGAGGCUGCUCCAUUGUUGGAGGAAUUUGAGUUGAAGUUGAAGUGGGCGAAACCCACGAGGUCAAAAAGAAAGUGUAGGAAGGCUGAAAGAUGUCCUCUCCAUCACCUCAAAGUGCUCAGGCUGAGUGGAUAUUAUGGACGUACCAGUGAAGUUGAACUCGUUAGGUAUUUCUUGGAAAAUGCAAGUGCGCUGGAGAAAAUCAUUGUUGAUCCCCGGGCUCAAGAUGUCUAUUAUGUCUCUUUUUCACUUGACAAAAGUGAGGAGGAGCAAAUGGCAAGACAUUUUGCUAAGCUCCAGCUUGAAGCUGAAGUACCUUCGCAUAUUCAGUUGUUAGUAUUGUGAUACUAAGUUAAUUACAGAAAUGUUUAUUUGGACCCGUCCAUUUAAAUUUAUAAUUUUGCUGGAGGAGAAAAGUAGUUUAAUAUUAUGAUUGUAUUUUAUCCCUCCGCUCUAUUUGUAGUUUAUUUUGUUGGAGUAGAAAUGAUUAUUUUAAUAAGAGAUAAUACAUAAGAUGCACCCGGUGAAAAUAUCA